AUGAAUGAUUUCAAGAAGUUUUCCGAACCGUCUCUCCCACCACAGAAAGAAUUUUACAGUAGUUUAACGGACGAAGAUAUUACGAACGAAGAUUACGAACAUGCGCAAAAAGUAUGGAAGUCGUUCGAUAUAAAAUCCAUGCGUGAUUAUCACGAUCUUUAUCUAAAAGUGGACGUGUUUAUUAUUGGCAGAUAUCAUGGAAAGAUUCCGCGAGAUCUGUAUGGAAAAUUACGAGUUGGAUCCUGCAUGGUAUUAUACAUCGCCGGGAUUGGCAUGGGAUGCAUGUUUGAAAAUAACACGGAUCCGUCUGGAUUUAAUCUCCGAUCCGAGCAUGUUUAAUUUUAUCGAAAAGGGAAAGCGUGGUGGAAUCUGUAUGAUCAGUAAAUGAUAUGGCGUUGCAAAUAAUAAGUAUACGAAAGAUUUUGAUCCUGGAAAGGGAAGCACAUUUCUACCCUACCUGGAUGCAAACAAUCUAUACGGAUGGGCCAUGUGUGAAAAUCUUCCCUACGGAAAUUUUGAAUGGAUGAAUUUAGAUCGGUUGAAAAAAUGGGAUUGUCUUCCGGAAGGAAAAGGCUGUUAUGCCGAAGUAGAUUUAAAAUAUCCGAAAGAAUUACACGAUCUACACAAUGACUAUCCGUUGGCUCCGGAACGUCUUCGAAUAGGAAAGGUUGAUAAACUCGUUCCGAAUCUGAACGAUAAGAAAAAGUAUAUCGUUCAUCAUACGACGUUGAAAAAAUAUGUGGAAUUGGGAUUGAUCGUGACAAAAGUUCAUCGCGGUCUGAUGUUUUCAGAAAAAGCAUGGAUGGCAGAUUAUAUUCAGUUGAAUACCGAUCUUCGUAAAAGGGCCAAGUCUGAUUUUGAAAGUAGUUUUUUCAAAUUGAUGAAUAAUUCCGUAUUCGGAAAGACGAUGGAAAAUGUCCGCAAUCGUAUCAACGUGAAGCUCGUUAACAGUGAAAAGAAGUGGAACAAACUAGUGAAAAAAAGUUAUUACGUCUCAACAGACAUAUAUACCGAGCACUUGGCGCUGGUUCACAUGCGAAAGACGACCGUCCGUUUGGCAAAACCUAUUUACGUCGGUGUUGCCAUCCUGGAUAUCAGCAAGACGUUGAUGUACGACUUUCACUACAACUACAUGAAGAAAAAAUAUGGAGAGAAAGCAGAACUUCUUUUCACGGAUACGGAUUCGCUUCAUUACGAGAUAACGACCGACGACUUUUUUAAAGACAUCGCACCAGACGUUCGUCAGAAAUUUGACACGAGUAAUUUUCCAAAAUCUCAUCCGUCUGAGAUUCCGUGUGGAAUCAAUAAGAAAGUUAUCGGUAUGAUGAAAUCCGAAACGGGUGCGGAUCAGAUUAAGGAAUUUGUAGGAUUACGUCCAAAGUCUUAUUCUACACUCGGCGACGAUGGAAAAGUGACGAAAAAAUGCAAGGGUGUUAAAAAAUGUGUCGUGAAAAAAGAUUUGACGCAUCAAAAUUACAAGGAUGUUUUACUCGGAGGAAUGGAUCAGCGUGUUGGAAUGACAACCCUUCGAAGUCAUAUGCACGUGAUUUAUACCGAACGUUUAGUAAAAACAGCACUUUCGGUCAGGGAUGACAAACGGUAUAUUUUAAACGACAGGAUUCAUACAUUGGCGUUAGGUCAUAAAGAUAUUCCCGAAGUCGAUCGUACAUUAUCCAGGAUCGACUUGGAAUACAAUGGAUCCUGUGAAUUUACUUCUGACUUGGAAUUAAAAGAACCUGAAAAAGUGUCUGUCGAAGAAAAAGGGAUGGAACUUUACAUUCCCCUGUUAUCGCGGAAGCAGAGGGAGUAAUAGGUCUUGCCCGCGAUAGGAUUGUACAGAAAGCAUCGGAAGGAAACUGUUGUAUAUCCUAGUGUCUUUUUAUAAAAUCUUACGAGUAAGUCUUGGUAACAACUUAUAACAGAAUCCAAGACUAUUCUCAGAUUCCUUGCCGAUAGGAUUGUACAGAAAGCAUCGGAAGGAAACUGUUGUAUAUCCUAGUGUCUUUUUAUAAAAUCUUACGGAGUAAGUCUUGGUAACAACUUAUAACAGAAUCCAAGACUAUUCUCAGAUUCCUUGCAAGUAAGUCUUGGUAACAACUUGUAACAAAGUCAAAGACUGUUCUUAAAUUACUUGCAAGUAAGUUUUAAACAGAGUCAAGUAAAAUAAAAAGUAUUUUCUUUGUAUAUAAUAAAGAAAAAUGACAGAACCGGCAGGCGAACCAAAUUUAGAAAAAUCCGUUCGGUGACCAAACCUUUAGACCAACCGAAGAAAGUGAAAGAUCCACGUCGUGUCGAAGCGGGAAAAAAAUUAGGAAAAAACAGCAAGCAUUACAAAGAAGCAAAAAGAGCAAGGUUGGAUGAAAAAUUAAAGGAGGAAGCCCGCGAAAGUUGUAUGACCGAAGGAGGAUGGAUUUCCGUCGAAAGAUUAUGUUUGGUACUCGGAUUGGGAAUUGGAUUGGGAUCGUUGUAUCUUUCGUGGCAAAGUCGCGACGGGAGGAAUUCUGAGAAACAAGUGGAUGAAAUUGUAGAUAAUGUUUCUUCGAAGAACCCACCGGAAAACGAAAAAUCUUUUGACUUGUUUGAUUAG